GGCAUGCAAAAUAAAAUGCAAGAAAUAAAACUCCUGACAAAAAACAAAACAAAACAAGCGUUUAUUUUAGUUAACAGGCAGGUUCCUGGUUGCUGAUAAUAGCUAAUCGCACCGUAUCAUUUUCCCUCCCCCAGGUUGGAGAGUCCGUCUUACGAGGUGAUGCAGUUGGACUUCGAGGUGGACAACGUGAUCACCUUGGCUCCCACCCAAACUUUGCACUGGAGCGUGGAAUACGCGUCGGGAGCGCCGGCCUCCGCCGAGAGAGUCUCGCACCUCUACGUCAGCAACGCCGACAUCCAGGGCAUCGUACCGCUCGCGCAGGACACGGAGGUGUUGAACACGGCCAUCCUGACUGGUCGCCGGGUGUCUCUGCCCGUUAAGCUGGUGACGGUGGGGACAGACGGCCAGGUGAGGGAAGUGGACGACUCGCUCAGCUGCAGCUCGGCCGACGUCCACGUGCUCAAAGUGUCCGGCAACUGCGACGAGGUUCUGGUGAACGGCAAAGAGAUGCGCGGACGUCAGGGCAUGUCGGUGGCCUUCGCGUACAUGCACCUGACGGCCAGCCUGUCGCUCAACGUUUGGGUGCCCAAGCUGCCUCUGCAGAUCCACGUGUCCGACACCGAGCUCAGCCAGGUCAAAGGCUGGCGGGUGCCUAUCGCCCCCAGCGCCGCCAACAGCAGGAGGCCGACGAGAGACAGCGAAGACGACGAGGAUGACGAGAGGAAGGGCAAAGGAUGCACCCUGCAGUACCAGUACGCCUUGGUGAAAGUGCUUACGCACUUUGUGGCCGAGCCGUCCGACCCGGGAGGGGAGGUGGUCCGCAUGCUGGGCGCCGACUGGCAGGCCGACAUCACUCACUUGGUUCUUGAUCAGCUCAAGGUGGAAGAUGAACGCAUCGCCAGGUUGGUCGACGGGCGCGUUCUGAUUGGCCGAGACCUCGGCAUCACCACCAUACAAGUGUUGUCGCCUCUGUCUGACUCCAUCCUCGCAGAGAAGACAGUGACGGUGUUGGAUGACAAGGUGACCAUCGUGGACAUGGGGGUCCAGCUGGUGGCCUCGCUGUCGCUCAGCGUGGCGCCCGCCGGCGGCAAUUGCCAAGCCGUCCUGAUGACCGCCACCGCCAGCCAACUGAUGCGGGCGCCAAAACAGGAAGCGGCCAUCAGCGCUUGGAUCCACUACAGCGACGGCUCCGUUACGCCGCUUGACAUCUACGACCCCAAAGACUUCCUGCUGUCUGCGGUGUCAUUGGACAACGAUGUCGUCUCCGUAACCAAUCAGCAGGAACAACACUGGCCCGUGGUGGUGGCAGAAGGUGAAGGCCAGGGGGCGCUGGUGCGCGUGGAGAUGGUGAUCUCGGAGACGUGCCAGAAGUCCAAGAGGAAGAGCGUGUUGGCGUCAGGCGUCGGCAACGUGGCGGUCAAGUUUGGAGCCGCCCGCAGCGACGGCGACGAGGGCGGGGCCCCGGCGGAAGGGGGCGCGGCGGACAACGACACCGAGCAGCUGAGAGUCGCAGACGGAGCCGAGCGGGAGUCCAAAAGUGUGGCGGUGGCCGUGGAGCGUGAGGAAGGCGCCAUGAGGAAGGUGAGCUUAACGACCAAGAGCACCGUCACCCAUCGGGCGGCGGGCGGCAAAGCCGGCGGCGGCGACGGAGGUCCGAGCCGGGCGGAGGACAACGCCGGCUACCCGGCCCAAGUGGAGGUGCCCGGACCCUCCGACGGCGAGCUGAGCCAGACCACCAGGGGACUCUCGGACCUGGAGAUCGGGAUGUACGCCCUCCUGGGGGUCUUCUGUCUGGCCAUCCUCGUCUUCCUCAUCAACUGCGUCAGCUUUGCCUUCAGGUACCGCCACAAGCAGGUGCCCGUGCUGGAGGCCGGCGGCAACAUGAACCACGCCCACGACUGGGUUUGGCUGGGCAAUGAGGCCGACCUCCUGGCGGACCACCCGGACCACGCCGACCCCUGUCCGGCGGCGCCGCCCGACGAGUGCACCACCAUCAUCGACCGCGGCGAGGACGCCUACGAGGAGAGCAAGUACCUCCUGAACGGGGCGGGCAUCGCCUCGGCCGUGGCCGCCGGCAGGGGCGGCGCGGGCCACCGGGGCGUUUCCCACAGCCAGACCUUACCCCGGGCCCUCCCGGACCCCCACCAGUGCCUUUCCGCCAUCACCGCCGCCCGACGCGACGCCGAGCAUCUCAACAACUCGCCCAGGGCGUCCGGCAAACGCAAGCGAGUCAAAUUCACCUCGUUUGCCACCGUGCUGCCCAACGACCGCCACCAGGGCGGGGCCGGGGGCGGCGGCCCCUACGCCGACCCCUCGGUCCUGCUCGGCAAGGGCGGCGAGGACGACAUCAAGUGGGUCUGCCACGACGUAGACAUGGGCCAGUCGGAAAUCAGGAGCUACAUGGAGAGGCUACAAGACAAUUUGUGACUGCGCGGUGGACUGGGGGUG